AUGUCAGAGGACCGCACCGAUGCGUGGGAGCUGAGCAAAGAGAACGUGCAGCCCCUCCGGCAGGGCCGGGUCAUGGCCAGCUUGCAGGAAGCGCUGUCUCUGCAGGACACCGCCACCCACACUGCUGUUCAGCUCAAAAAACAUUGUGCAAAUUACUGUAGUGAGCCCUUGGAUGUGUACAGCUACCUACAGAGCCAGGAAAUUGGCACAACUCUGGCACUGCUCUACAUAACGUGGGCAGAAGCACUUGAGGCUAGAGAAAGUUUUAAGAAAGCAGAUCUGAUCUUCCAGGAAGGUCUUCAGCGCAAGGCUGAGCCUUUGGACAAGCUCCAGUCCCACCACAGGCAGUUUCAGACCCGUGUUUCUCGGCAGACACUGCUGGGGCUGGAGGAAACUUCUGAUGAAAAUGACAUGGGUCUUCUGGGAGCUUCAGAACCUCAGAGAAAGUCACUGGCAGAUCUAAAAGGCAGGGGGAAGAAGAAAGUGAGAGCUCCUAUUAGUCGGGUAGGAGAUGCACUUAAAGCCACAAACCAAACCAGAACCUUCCAGACUCUACCUUCUCAGCAGCUUUCAAGUAAUCCCGGUUUUGCUGUGUUUGAUGAAAAUUCAGUUUCUGGACCUGAGCUUCCCAUCAUUACCCCACAGCCUUGGGCAGCACCUCCAGCUCCACGGGCCAAGGAGAACGAACUAAGCGCAGGGCCUUGGAACUCUGGCAGGCACCCUCGCAGCCACGUGCAACCUGCAGUAGAAGUGCCCUGCCCAAUGCCCAGUUUCACCCCCUACGUGGAAGAAUCAGACCAGCAACAACUCAAGACUCCCUGCAAAAUUGAACCCAGCAUAAACCGUGUGCUAAGCGCCCGCAGACUUCAGCAAGAGGAGGAUCCAUUGCAGCGAGUGCAGCACCAGCAGCAGGAGACUCAAGAAAAGAAAGAGGUGGUGAUGUACUGUAAAGAUAAAGUUUAUGCUGGAGUUGAAGAGUUUUCUUUGGAAGAGAUCCGAGCUGAAAUCUACAGAAAGAAAGCAAAACAGAAAAAUGAAGAGGAGAUGCAGGCUAUAGCCCAGCAGAGGGAAGAAGUACAAAGGCAAAUUAAGGAGCUGGAGAAGAUAUUAAAGGAGAAAGCUGACAAGCAGCAACAACCAUGUGAACGGCCAACAGAGAGAACAGAACCUUUGCCACCUUUAGGACCCCAAGUAUUUACUUUUUCCAGUGCAACAGAAGCUGGGCAGCAACGGCCUUGGUUGCGAAGUGAAUCCUGGGUCUCUGAAGGUACUUGGCUAGAGAAACCUGCUUGUUCUGAGGAUACAGAAAGGGGAAGUGUGUUUUUAGACUCGGAGGAUGAACAGGAGAAACAGAGGGAUGAGACCAGCCUUGGGAAAAAAGGUGUAGGUCUUUUCCCCUCGGAUCCUGCCACAUCUUUCUCCAUAUUUGAUGAAUCCUCUACUUUGGCAAAUCAGAAUACAAGUUGUUCUGCAGAUCGUACACAGAAAAGUGCCCGGCGGCCUCUUGCUGUUCGUAAACCUUCCGAUUCCCUAACUGCCAAGGAAAACAUCCCACCAGAAGCCUGUGUAAGGAAACAGAUGAAUGGAAUUGAACCUUUGACUGAAGAUGCAAUUGUGACAGGCUCCUACAAGAACAUAACCCUUUGUGCCAACCCAGAAGACACGUGUGACUUUGUUAAGGCUGCCCAUCUGGCCUCAACACCCUUUCAUGGAGUAGCAGUUCAGAGAGUCCCAGCUCCUGCUUUUCCACAGGGUGUCCUGAAGGACGACUGCCCAGAAUCAAAGAGGGCACCUCUGAGUCAGGAAACGCUGGUUGGUGAGGGUGCCUACAGUGAAGCUCUGUGUGUAAACAAGCUGAGCCCCAUCAUGGAAGCAAGCCUGGAAGACACUCGCUCGUCAGCCGGUUCUGUCCCCUCAGGAUCUUCUCUUUCCUCUGUUACACAAAUAUCUACCAUUAAAUACCUGCAUAUCCCUGAGAAACUGGAACUUGCUCAGACCUUGCCUGCUGGACCUGAUUCUGGAGGUGAUGAUGUAGUCCAGUCCUUGUGGGGCGCUGAACAGCGCAAGAAGCUUUUGGACCCUCUGCCAGAAUCACUGAGUGCUGCUCCAAAUCUGCACGUGGAGACUGGGGCUCUGCCUGGCCUGGAGUUGGAGAAAGAUGUGGAGCUGGGAAAUGAGACUUACUCUAUCAAAUGGGAAUAUUGGACCAAUGAAGAAUGCAAGAUGUUGUUUGCCAUUCCACCUGACUUUCUCCAGCUGGAUGCAAAGGGGUUUGCAAUUAAGGUAUAUUCUCAGCCUGUGCCUUGGGAUUUUUAUAUCCUACUGCAGUUGCAGGAGCGUUUGGAUGCUGACUUUGACCAGAGCUUCAGUGAGAACUGCAGCUGUUUCCUGUAUCACAAUGGCUGUGCUCUUCUGCACAGGGAUAUCAACCGCUUCACGCUUGGGGAUGUUAUUCGUGGCUACAAGUCCAUUACAGAGGAAGUUCUCCUACUGUUUGUUUAUGACAUUCUGAGUGUGGUAGAGAAGCUCCACAAAGCAGAGAUUGUCCACGGAGAUCUGAGUCCAGAGGCGUUCUUUCUGGGAGACAGGAUCUAUGAUCCAUUUAAUAGUGAGGAGACGACAAGAGCUCUGAAGAUGGUGGAUUUCUCUCACAGCCUAGAUCUGAGGUUACAGCCUGGAGUAGGUUUGCCCAACAGCCUUCCAAUAACCCAGACCCCUCAUGGGAAACAGCUUCUGGCAAAAAGUUCCCUUCCUUAUCAGGUGGACUUGGUUGGCAUUGCAGAUAUAGUCCAUUUGAUGCUGUUUGGGGAUCAUGUCCAGGUCUAUCAAGAGAAUUCCAUCUGGAAAAUCAGCCAAAAUGUAUCAAAGGCUGUUGCCAGUGAUUUCUGGAGUAAACUUUUGGGGAGAAUUCUGAAUGCAGAUGGUAAGGCCACAGUGCCUCUGCUGAAGGAGUUAAGAGAGGAAGUAAGUGACAUGUUUGACAGCUGCCGCCAAGACCGACUUUAUGAAUCAUUAAUUGCACUGGGAGAGACCUUCCGCUUGGAUAACUUCCUGUGA